UUCCUCUCCAAUAAAUCUCCAUUGAUUGAUUCGUCUCCAGCAGGCUACUAGGCCACUGGGUGACGCGGGUCCCAGCCCACCUCAUAAUCACCAUUAAUUAACAACUAACUCCUCUUUCCCCGCCUCCCCGGUCAUGGUCUGCUGCUAAUCGCUGCUUGCUUGCUAGUAUAAAAGAGGGGACUGCCUGUCUUGUUCCAUCCCAAUCCACCCCUCAUCUACUUGCCUGCUGACCCCGUCAGGCCAGGCCCGGGGAGCAAGACGAUGAUGGAGGUGGAGAAGCCGUGGGAGGGCGUGCAGCAGCAGCCGGCCAUGGACGACGAAGCAGAGGAAGCCGCCGCCGCCGCCGGGGGCCUCCGGACAAGGGAAAUGAAGAAGAAGAUGGCUGGCCCUGCCUAUGCUGGGGACAACGUAGGCGAUGUGGUGGUGGUGGAGGAGCUCCUCAAGGCGGCGGCGGCGGCAGCAGCAGCAGAGGAGGAGGACAAGAGCGUCUUCUUCGAUCCAGCCAAAGGUCUAUGGAAAUGCCGGCACUGCGAUUGGACGCACCACUUGAGUGGUCCGUGCACAGAUCAUAUCCGCAAUCAUCAAGGAUAUUGCCAAAUUGCGAGGAAUCUUGAAUCGUUAGUUCAGAGUGAACCAUUUUACUAUUCACCAAACAAAGUUUCUGAUCAUGCUACUGAAGAAGACGAAGUUACGGAAGUGGUGCAAGUUGACGGCCAAAAGGAAAGCUCAAAUGAAACUUCGAUUGCAGAAGGCAAAGGGAUUGAGGAAGAGGAAAACGUCAAUGAUCAAGAAACUAACCACAUUUCAAGCAAUGGCAAGUUGGAAAAUGGGUCACAUUCUAAUGGUGUGCAUGAAAUCUCUAGGGGUGCUGAAACCAUGACUGCUGCAGUGGGAGAAGCACAGCCGCUCAAACUGAUAGCAGCAAUAGGCGAGAGCAAAAACGUCUUGCCAAACUGGAGCGGUGUUCUUGACAUUUCCAAUGGCAGCACAAGUACAACUGAAGUUCGUGAAAUUGAAGUUGAGAAGGAUGAAAAUGGCACCAAAGAUAAAGUGAACAUUGAAGAGUAUGAUCUUGAGAAAAUCCUUGAUGAACAAGAGACUCAUGACCUCUAUUGUCCCAACUGCAAAUCGUGCAUAACCCGAAGGGUGAUCCUUAAAAAGAGGAAGAGAACAGCAAGACAAGCAAAGCGUGAGGAACCACCAAAAAGACCACAGCUUGAAGAACCUUCUGCCAUUGUUUCAGACCAAACUCCAGUUGAAAGCCAUGAUCAAGAAUCACCUGAAGUAUUUAGAUGUUUAUCAUGCUUCACUUUCUUCAUUCCAACAGGUUGUCGUUUUAAUAUAUUCCGUAUAUUUGAAUGGAGAGAUGCAAACCAACAAGUCCAGGUUCAAGAUCCUGCUGUUUCACAAGGGACGUCUGAACAUUGUGGAAGUUGGCUUCUUUCUUGCUUCCAGACAGUAGAUAGUCCAAAGAAAUCAACUGAUGCUGAUCCACAGAAGGAGCCACUGUUAAGUGGCUCACAGAGUACCGACAAUACAAUUUCAGUUCAAGACAGCGCAUCAUCUUCUCAAAGUCAUUCUACAGUUGGUGAAGCAGAACAAGUGAAGAAACCUUUAGUAGCUGGAUCAUCUUCUACAGUCCAAACCACCACUGGAAAGUAUGAAGAAGAAAUUAAACAACCGUUCAGUGAAUCCCAUGGAACCGCAUCUUCAUCCGUAGCAGUUCACACAUCAUCAUCUUCGCAGAGCGAGACAGGAUUAUUCACACAGACAGGACAUGUGGUAACUGAGCAGCGAGGCAGAGCACACCAAGAACAGAUUCCUCCCUCAAAACCUGCUGAUGAUAUGAUUAAUGGCGUUCACAAACAAGAUAUUCAAGGAAACACAACAGGAGCCCCUGGGAAGAACUCAUUUUUCAAUCCUGAACUUAAAGUCCCAGCAAAAUUUUUGCCAGGAGUCAACAACCUGACAGGUGAGAAACCAACUCCAGUUAUUCCUCAACCAAGUCAGUCGCCUCAUGUAGUAGUGCCAGUCCCUGAGGCUACCGUAUCGGAGACACCAGUUCGCCCUGCACCAUCAGAUCAAAGGGAUGAAUGGGACAUACUGAAAGCCAUAGUGUAUGGUGGCCUUGUUGAAUCAAUCACGAGCCUCUCGGUUGUAUCAGCAGCAGCAGCAAGUGGUGCCAAGACUCUGGAUAUAUUCAUCUUGGGCAUAGCAAACCUUAUUGGAGGGCUUCCCGUAAUUUACCACAAUAUUGCUGAUCUGCGAAACACAGGAGAUGUGGCAGAAAGCAGUGAGCAAGUGGGACACUACUGGUUGGAGCUUGGAAGGCGAAGAAAGUACCAGCUUCACAUGGUGGUAGCCAUACUGUCAUACAUCCUCUUCGGGCUGCUACCACCAGUCAUCUAUGGACUGUCAUUCAGGAUGAGCGACAACAGGGAGAACAAGAUGAUGGCGGUCGCUGCUGCAUCUCUCAUGUGCAUUGGGUUGCUCGCGAUUGCGAAGGCACAUGUCAAGAGACGCAGGACAUACAUCACAACCCUCCUGUACUACCUGUCCAUCGGAUUCAGCAGUUCUGGGCUGUCGUACGUCGCAGGCGUGCUCAUCACAAGGCUCCUGGCACACUUUGGUCUCAUUGAUCAGGGCGGUGCAUCAGCUCUUGCUCCUCCAAGUCUGUUAUUUCCUCAAGCAACGGGUGCAGACGCAGCCACCUGGGCUUCGUACUGAGCCUAGACUGGAGUUCCUUUGUUUUGAUGGUCUAUAAAAUUGUCCCGGCGCACAUCUGUAUGACAACACUCGCUUUGAUUCACUGAGUUUUAAUUAGCAGCACUGGGCCACUGUAUAAUCUUUAUCAAUGAGCUUUGUCUACCAAAACCCUGUUAUCCUACUUUUGACAGGAACAUAUUAUCAGUUACAA